AUGUUCGUUUUUGUGCUAAAUCGUUGGUAUAAUGCAUUAAAACCAAAACAAAAGGACGUGAAGCAGGAAGCGAUGAAUUUGGCGAUGUUAAAAAAGCACGAAGAAAGGGAUAAAUGGUUGGAAAAAAAGCGAGAGAUUUCACCGCCAACUACCGUAGAUCACGAAGUACUUUCUCGUCUACAAAGUUCGGGAUCCAGAGAUGAUCAGAUAAAUUCGGAUGAUGAUAAUGAUGCUGAUGAAUUUUUGUCAGUUUGUGAUACGUCCUAUGGGUCAGCUCAUGAGUUAGAACAACAAAAAAGCGAUGAGGAGACGCAACCGACUUUUGCAGAACAAGAUUUGCGGAUAGCGGAAGAAUCUAUUACCAGCGGUAAUAUUCGAAAAUCGAAUGAAAAGUCUUUGGACUCUACCAAUACAAAGGAAGAAUUUACUUCGAAAACCAGAAGCUUUGCGAAUAUAUUAGACGCUGCGGAGCAAAAAGAUGAUACGAUAAUGCUUCGUGAACAUAUCUAUAUCUUGAAUGAGGAUGAAUGUCAUUUAGAGGUAGUUCCUUCUCUACCGCAUUUGUCAUCAUUAUCAACAAUAGAUUCAGGAAAUGAUGAUGAAUCACUUGUAACAAAUUCUAUAUUUGAUCCACUGAGAACCGGAUUUACAUCAGAGUCUUUUAAAAAUUCGAAAUCUUGGCUAACAUGUUCUUUAGAGUCGCCGUCAACUUCAUUAUUCUCACAUCAUUAUCCCUUUUUGACCUCAGACAAUAGCCAACAAUCUUCGAAUUCACAUUUUCAUACCAGCGUACCAUUCUACAUUGAUUGUUCAGAGAACGGUACAUCUAAUAACAGUGUUCUACAAAAAAAUUUUGAUAUAGGUGAUACUGUUUCACUACCAUCAUCAUUGAAGAAUAAACUUUUAUAUAACCAUGGAGUCGAAAGGAAUUCAAAUGCAACUAAUUCGGAAUUUAAAAUUGAGAAUAGAUUAUUAAACUGGAAGCUAGAAGCUCGCAGUGCAUAUCUCGAUCGUGGGUUAGACUUCGUUCCACCUAUGAAUCAUGGAGAACGCAAUAUGAAUGCCGGCAAUAUACGUCUCAAUUUAUCAUCCAAAUCUUCAUUUUAUAAUGAUGAAUCUUCUAUUCAUCUGGAUUCUGAUUCUGUAGCGUCUGAUUUUGUACCUUAUAUUUCGAUUUGUCGAAAUAAUAUUGAAAAUACAGAAUGCACAGUAAUUUCGGAAUUUAACAAGCAAAUUUAUGAUGCAAAAGCUUCCAAUUUGAUUCCUGAGGAAAAUGAUCUUUUUUUGAGCUGUUACGAUACGUUGUUCGAAAACGGAAAUGAUAGAGAAACUUCGAUUAUAACCUCAUCGAGUGAAAACGAGAGUAAGACGCGUGAAACAACAUUAUCUACAACGGCAGGUGGUAACAAUAAUGAUGACCCAACAAAGUUGAAGAAAUCAAAAACUUUUAUAUCGAUGGAAACUCGUAAACUUCUCAUUGAACCUGAGGAUACAGUAAAUGCCUCGCCGAACACGACAAAAGCUUUUUGGAAUGGUGCUCUGCAGCAACAGAAUCAUCCUGUAACAGCAAUGUCACCUAAUAGAUCAUUAAAUCCUAAUGGAACAAAUCACGAAUUUCGUUGUACUUCGUCGUCAGGUACGAAACUAAUGCUUCCAGACGAUUCGUGUAAUGGCCCAUCAGCUGGUUCACCGAGUGCUGGGAGUGAAAGUGCUUAUGGUGAUGAUGAAAUGGAACGAGAACAGGAGGAAGUGCUUGGAAGUGAUGACGAGGAACAGGAGGAUCCCAAAGAUUAUCGGAAAGGCGGCUAUCAUCCAGUUGCAAUAGGCGAUGUGUUCAAUGGACGUUAUCACGUGAUUCGAAAGAUGGGAUGGGGCCAUUUCUCGACAGUUUGGCUUUGUUGGGAUACGGCGCAGAUGCGUUUUGUUGCGAUGAAAAUUGUAAAAUCAGCUGAGCAUUACACAGAAGCGGCGUUAGAUGAAAUCAAAUUGCUUAUGGCAGUACGUGAUGCAGAUGAGGACGAUUUGUUCCGUGAACGGGUUGUGCAACUUCUAGAUGAAUUUUCAGUAACGGGCGUUAAUGGAACGCAUGUCUGCAUGGUUUUCGAGGUCCUUGGAUGCAACUUACUAAAACUGAUUAUCAGAAGUAAUUAUCAGGGUCUUCCAUUGGAACAAGUGCGCGUCAUCAUUAAGCAAGUACUAGAAGGACUACAAUAUCUUCACGAAAAGUGUCAGAUUAUACAUACUGAUAUAAAACCAGAAAAUGUCCUCGUUACAAUGACUCAUGAACAAGUGAGACGGAUAGCGGCAGAAGCAAUUUUAUCAGGCAAAAUGGGCUUCAAGUUAUCGGGAAGUGCGGUAAGUACUGCCCCGCAGCACAUGGUUAAAAAAGUUGAAGAAGCAAUGUCAAAAAACAAGAAGAAAAAGUUGAAGAAAAAGCGAAAAAAACAACGGGAAUUACUAGAGCAACAAUUAGUACAAAUGGAAGGAUUAACUGUCGAUCCAAACAUUGUGCUGGCUUCACUAAAUUCCGAGGACAGAAAUAAAUUACUUGGAAAACAGCACAACAACGGUUGCAAUGCUAAUACUAGCAACCUACAUGCAAUACCCGAAUUGUUGCGUUGUGCGGCCGCUGCAAAAGUGACCAGUGGAAAUAAUGUUAAUAUGAGUGCACAACCUCAUGAUAAUGGUGGUGGUACCAAUGGUAUUAUUCGUUCAUAUGCAAGUCAUUCGGUGGGUGCUAAGCCAGCAGCAGUAGCUCUCUGCAAUACGACCUAUUUGAGCGUUGAUGAGCAGUAUAGAUAUAAUCAGCUUAAAUCAGAAAUAGUGGCAACGAAGGCUGAAGACGUACAAAUAAAUGAUUUUAUUGGUAAAAAUACUUCUGUUUGUCCGGCUGCAUGGAAGAAUCAACAUAGUUCAGUUGAGAUACCAAUCGAAAAUGUUGCACUCAAAGCUGUUGAAGUAAAAGACGCAACAGAAUAUCCGCUGUUAAGUCCUUCUAGUGACAAUGACUUGGUUGUGGAAGGACCACCUCGAUUUUUGGCUCACAUGGAGUCGGAAGCUCGUUCAGAGAAUGAGAUGAAAGAAUCAGCUUUGCAACUUCUAUUAGAAAAGGAUGGUUUAUCGCCGAAACGUAUGGAGCCAGACUACUUAAAUCCGACCACCGAGAUCCAUGUUAAGCUUGCUGAUUUGGGAAAUGCUUGCUGGACGCAUCGUCAUUUUACGGAAGAUAUCCAAACUCGACAAUAUCGAAGUUUGGAAGUGCUCAUAGGUGCUGGUUAUGGUCCACCAGCUGAUAUUUGGAGUACUGCUUGCAUGGCAUUUGAAUUGGCGACAGGCGACUAUUUAUUUGAACCUCAUAGCGGUGAUACAUACAGUAGGGACGAGGAUCACUUAGCACAUAUAAUCGAACUUCUAGGAACUAUUUCUCCAAGAGUCUACAAAAAAGGAGCUCACUGGCGUGAAUUCUUUGAUAAGCAUGGUCGUCUGCUUCACAUUCACCAGCUAAAACCGUGGUCUUUGGUCGAAGUGUUAACACAGAAAUACGACUGGCCGAUUGAAUCAGCCGGACAGUUUGCUUCAUUUUUGAUCCCAAUGUUAGCAUUUGAUCAAGAUGAACGUGCGACGGCUCGACAAUGCUUACAGCACGACUGGUUAAAACCGAAUGGUGGUAAACGCGUGAUGGAGAAGCAAAAGGCACAUGUGUCAUUAAAGAAACAGCAUGAACACGAAUCAUCUCCGAUUCUCGACCCAUCACUUCUGGACGAGUUGUUGGAAUUAGGUGGUGCUAGCGAUAAUACAGAAGAGGAGGAAUACUUCGUAACGGAAAUGCACGCAACUUCUCUUAUCAAAAAAUCUCAACAGUCAGUUAGCACCAAUGGAGGCGAGGUUUAA